CCGUGAACAGUCCAAUGCUGCAGAUUUGUCAUUUGAAAUUCUGCAAUUACGAGACUAAAAGUUGCUGUUGAAGUCGUCUUUGCAAUGUGGUUAACGUCCAAGCCAAGGUCAGAAUAUUAUUAUCUAAGUAUUUGCAGGUUAUUCUAGGCGCUGGACUACCUCUAAAUUAGCCUACCCAAUCCACAUUCAUCGUUCAGGGAAAAAAAGGCAAAUGAUGUUGACCUAGCUAUAGUCGUUGCGAUAUCCUCUUAGCAGGACGUAUUUGUAGUGGGGAGCAGCCUGCCCAACCCUUUCUCAGUGCGGGGACUUGAGGAGAGAAGCGCUGUACACACCGCUCCUCCGACAGUGCGCAGCCUAUAUUCAGUCCCAACAGAGACACCUUCAACCAGGUCCCGGACUCUACCCUAGGACUCUACACUAGGACUCUACCCUAGGACUCUACCCUUGGCUACCGCUGAGGCCGUUCUAACAGGACAUGCCUCGAAGAGCGAAUCAUUAGAAUAUAGGAACAACGAGUCCAAUAUCUUGCCAAGGAAUAGGUUGACAUCACAUGUGAAUGAUUUGAAGAGGCAGAGGUGAAUAAACAAACGGAGCAGAUAAAGAUGUAAACAUGACCGUGUCCUGUCUCCAUCGCCACCACCACAUACGUUUUGCUUCCCCUUCAUUUUCUGCACAGACGCAGAAUGCGUGGAAUUAUUGAUUAAAAGGGAAGAGGAAUCCAAUGUGGACGGGAGGAGAGGAGGCACUCGCAACACUGACAGUCACAUCAAUUUAGUAGCGGCCCUUCAGAGGAUAACCGUUUAUAUUUGAAGGACAGGAAUGAAGUCGUCUCCAGGAUAGCACUGUGAGCGAGCGCAUCCGACCGGGAGUUUGCUGGCGAUCUGCGGGACUGCUGCUCCCCGUAUUUGCGGCCAUGCUGCGGGAAGCAUCCUCCGAGCUCUUCCCGACUUGAGGGGCUUUUACCAGCCGAUUGGUAUAACAGUGCAUUCGUUAAAAUGAUUUCGUUGUCUAGAAGACGGAUAACCCCGAGUUUUUUUUGCAGCGUUUGUUUCAUCGUUUGCUAAAGAACCCUGCGCAGAGAGAGCUGAUCAUAUUUCACUUAGCUCUUUAGCUCUGACAUUUUUAUCCUAACAGAAUUCAGUGGAAAACAUUUAAUUAUUUAUAGGCUAUGUUCGGUGAAUUGCAUAACAAAAGUUUUGGGUUGUGUCCCGGGUUGAGUGUGUGUCUGUUUGUGUUUAUAGUCGGCACGCGUAGCAGCAAAUUCGCUCAAGUUUAUUAUGCGAGUUAGACAUUUUAUUCAAAUCUGAAUGCAUGUGUUGGAGGUUGUUUCCCCAACUGGUAUUGCACUCUGAACAGCUGGACAGUGCACCAUUCACUAGAGGACAGGUGUGUUGUCCAACUAGUCAGGUGGGGAACGAACCCAGAGGUCCUAUCCACUUUAAGGCCUCAAGGUUUUAAUGUUUAGUGCAAAAACAAAUAUUUUUAUGCAAGUCGGCCUUCCAUGACUGCCUGGGGAGAGCAAGUAAUUUCUUACAGCAGAUUCUAACAUCCAAACAUGGGCACCAAACAGACCAAAGGUGUUGGGGGCCAAGAGGCUGGGCCCAGCCCACAGCACGGGUGGAAACGGACCCAUACCAAGGAGAGGGGUGACAUCCUCACCUCCUUCAUGUUGAGGUCAGGGGACCGGCUGAGUCGUGGAGGGACCCCUCCGCCCUACCAGCGCCGGAUAGGCAUGAUCCAGGAGAUGAUGCUGAUGGCCAAGCAAGGCAAACAGGACAAGGCCACAGAGAUGCUGCAGACACUCCGGCAGGACUUGGGGAUGGAGUCCACGUCUCUGGAUGACGUGCUGUACCGUUACGCCAGCUUCAGGAACCUGGUGGACCCCAUCACCCACGACCUCGUCAUCAGCCUGGCCAGAUACAUCCAGUGCCCCCCCAAGACAGGCCCGGGGGAGGAUUCUCUGGGUGCCAUGGAGAAGGUGUGUCGCCAGCUGACCUAUCACCUGAGCCCACACUCACAGUGGAGACGGCAGGGCAUACUGAAGAGGAAGCCGCAGGCAUGUCUCAAGGUGAUGCUGUCGACCCCUCCCCCUAACGGGGCGCUGGACCUGUCGGGCAUCCCCCUGACGGUGCGUGACAUGGAGCGCCUGUGUGCCUACCUGCAGCGCCACGCGCCCAUCAUCUGCAGCCUGGAGCUGGGCUUCACCGAGCUCACCGACGACGCCUUCCUCCUCCUCCUGCCCACGCUGGCCGCCCUGUCCCGCCUGGAGACCCUGGCCCUCAACGGCAACCGGCUGACACGUGCCGUCCUCAAGGAGCUGACGGACAGCCUGAAAGACCCGGCCAGCUUCCCCAGUGUCACGUGGAUCGACCUGGGCAACAACGUGGACAUCUUCUCCCUGCCCCAGCCCUUCCUGGUGAGUCUGAGGAAGCGCUGCCCAAAGCAGGGCAACCUGCCCACCAUCCUGGAGUUUGGUGAGAGCCAGGCCAGCGAGCCCGAGGGGAGGGUGGGGGAUGACGAUGACAGGGAUGACACCAACAGGACAGAGAGCAUGGAUGAGCUGAGGUCGGAGGUGGAGGGGGAGAUGGACGGAGAGACGGAGAUUGAGGAGAUGAUGGAAGAGUUGCUGGACUUUGACCUGGAGGUGCAGGGGAAGGAGGACGAGAUCGAGGACAGCAUGUGGACAAUGGAGGAGCAGAGGAGGGAGGAGACACGGGGACAGGGAAUUAGGAAGAUGGUGGAGAGGGCGGAGCUAGAGGAGGAAGACACACAGAGUCAGUCCUCCCACUUGUCGUGCUCCAGCCAAUCGCAGCAUUCUUCUGGAGUGGUUGAACUGAUGAAGGAGGAAGAAGGAGAGGAGGGGACUGAUCACUUAGACCACCUGACCUGAGCAAGAACCCCGGUACACUCUGCUUGUAACUUCCCCUCCCACAUUUUGUCUAAAAUGAGAAGAGAGCAGUACCAGCAAGCAGUGAACGUUCGUAUAACGUUAGGUAACGUUCUUAGAAUGCAUAGGUAACCGGAAAUUGUUCCCUGGGUUGGACAUCUGGGGGAGGGGCUCUGUCAUCUCAACCAACUGGAAUGGUUCCAGAAUAACCAACCGAUCUGGGUGGACUGUUGGUCCACGGAUGCACAGUUUAGGGAGAUGACAAUCCAGGUUGAAAGAGGACGUUUGUGAUAACUCUCAUUGUUGUUUCAUUAUGAAUUAAGAUUAUAAUCCUCUGUAGUAAAGAGUAAUAGAUAUAUUAUAUAUCAAAUGUAGAAAACAAAUAAACAUUUUCUAACGUA